UUACACAUAGGGUUCGGCUGGCUUCAUCAGGCCGGGCUCAUCCCAAGAUCUCAACCCAGGUUCCGUUUUUUCCUUUUGGCAUUUCCGCUAUUAUUGCUUCUCUGAAACGACCGUCCACGCGGAGAGAGAGAGAGAGAGAGAGAGACAGAGAAUCGACUCAACUGUAAGGAGUAGGGGGGUCUAGGGACUAGGAACUGCAGUGCAGCGAUGGAGAUCCAACUGAGUCGGACCGCUGGCUCCCCAUCGCAAGCCUCUUCGGAUCACCUAAGCUCGAACUCAAACCAGAAUGGAAACCCUAAUUCGAUGCAGUCAUGGUGGGAAGCUAUUUCCAAGGCUCGAUCGCGCAUCCAUGCCCUAUCUUCGAUCCUCCCUUUCUUCACGUCUCUCUCCUCUCUCGCCGACUCAGACCGCCCUGCUCGAUCUCUCCUCGAGUCCCAUGAAGCCCACAUGACCAUCUCCUCUUCUCUCUCCUCCUCCUCCUCCGGGUCCGGCGAUGAUCCUCUCUGUCAAUGGCUUUACGAGACCUUUCAGUCUUCCAAUCCCGAGCUCCGCCUCGUCGUUCUCUCCUUCAUUCCUCUCAUUGCAGGAAUCUAUCUCUCUCGCGUCGUAUCUACGGCUUCCGACAAUCCAACUCCAUCUCUUGCAGGCUUUGAAGCUGUUCUCUUAGCGCUAUACGCUUCUGAAACCAAAGCUCGCGGCGGAAAACCUAUAUUGAUCUCAAUUCCAGAUCUCUCGCAGCCAUCGCUGUACCACGCGUCACGGAACCAGUCUGCCCAUCGGGUCACCGUCGAACCUCAGCCGUCCAUCGGGGUUCUCUGCCAUCCUCUCGAACCACAGAUCGACGUCAAGUCGACGAAACGGGCUUGUAUAGUCGCCAUCGCGCUUGAUUGCUAUUUCAAGCAAAUCUCUCAGAUGCCUAGCUGCUCCAAACUUGACUUGUGUCAGUUCGCCGCUGGGUGGGCGGGGCAAAAUUGCCCCUGCAAGAGUGAACUUGACGACAUUGCUGAAGGCGGGUGCUAUGGGAAUGAGAAUUUUGCAAGGGUUAGGGUUGCAGAUGAGGACGAAGAGGAGGAAAACGAUCUGAUUCGGGAUUCUGUUGAAGGGAUGAACAGAUUGGGGAUUGGAGAAGAUUGUAACGAAAGUGGGUUUUCCCGAGGGUCAAGAGUUCCGCUUCCCUGGGAGCUUUUGCAGCCGGUAUUGAGAAUUCUUGGGCAUUGCCUCUUGGCGCCCCUGAAUUCGCAAGAUGUAAGGGACGCGGCCUCGUUGGCAGUGAGGUGUUUGUAUGCUAGGGCAUCGCAUGAUCUGGUCCCACAGGCGAUCUUGGCCACACGUAGCCUCAUUCAGCUUGACAAUCGGGCACGCUUUGCUGCGAAGGCGGCAGCUGUUGCCAAUGUUGCUUCGAAUGCGAUCACACCUAGCAAAGCCAAGAAACCAGAGAAUCUUUUGGUUUCAUAAUGAAUGGUCAUUGGAUAGUUCGUAGGCAGUUACCAGUGCUAGUAUGAUCUCUCUUGUAUAGUCAAUCUACAGCAGCAGCUCCUUAAACAUCUCUGAGAUGAUCAAUGGAGUAAGCAUUUGUAAGAUUUCUUUGUUGUAGUGAAAUUAUUUUUUAUUAGGUUCCAGAUAUACUCACAAUUCACCGUAUGUAUUUUACGUUUUGAUUGAUCUUAGUAGUUGGUGUCGUCUAUGGUUACAUAUUCCGCAUAAUGAUUUUGAGCAUAUUGUCAUA